CAAUACAAAGGGCCCAAUUGCACAUUUGUGAAGGGGAAAUAAUCGUGCAAUUCGUCUCUUUCGAUCUUAAUCUGUAAAAGGAUUUUAUAUAUCCAUCCAUCCAUCCAUGUCCUCGUCAAUUCUCAUUUCUCAUCAACUUGGAAUGGAAUCGACUUGGGCUUCUGCGACUUCGAAAUUUCAAUUUCCAUCGCCUAAUUCUGCAUAACCCUUCUUUCCAAUUUCUAUCCUUUUUAGGGAAAGAGAAACUUACUUCUACAACGAGGGAGGGCGGAAGAAGGUCUGCUCUCUGUCCUGUUUGCUUGUUUGUUUGUUUGUUUAUGAGCACAACCACACAACUCUAUCUUAAAACUGCCCGAAACCCUAAAACACAAUCAGACCCUGGGUUUAGUUCUUCCUUUUUUUAAUACCCAAAACAGAUAAACAGAUUGCAGUCCAUGUUAUUUGCUAUAGGAUCGAUUCAAUGGAGCUGAGAGUCUCAUCUCCUAGUACUGCGGCCAUUUCUUCAUCUAAACGUGCUAGUGAUCAUGACGAGAAAGAGAUAAGUGAUGACGAUGAUGAUGAUCGCAACCAUAAACAUCGAAGAAGGGAGAUGCAAUCUCAAUCUUUGGUAAGAGGUGAACCAGAACAUGUUCUUUCAAGACCUUUUAGAAAGAAAAAUUAUACCCAGCCUACAGAAAACUGGAGAAGACGUCCUACUGGUUCAACAACACACGCUCAGAACCCAUUUAGGACGACUAAUCACGCCUUCUCUACUGAACUUGGUACUGGUAGAGGACGAAAUAGGGAUUCGAGUUCAUGGAACACACGUGACCCUAGGUUUAACAAGAUUGAUUUGGCUUCUCAAAUGAUUCCUCAAGGAAUGAUUCCUCCAGGUCUUUCUUCUGGGAGAGGAUUGGGUAAUCCUUCGUGGAAUGCAUUUGGUUUGGUUCCAGGAAUGCCAAAUCCAGGUCUGGAUGGUCUCCACCAUCCUUUUGGCAUCCUUAGACCACCAUUAAAUCCUUCUCUCAAUAUGGCCAUUCCAGUCCAACGAUGUAGAGACUUUGAGGAGCAAGGCUUUUGCUUAAGAGGAGACAUGUGCCCAAUGGAGCAUGGUAUCAAUCGUAUCGUCAUCGAAGAUGUUCAGAGCCUUUCACAGUUCAAUCUCCCAGUUUCACAUUCUCACUUACUGGGAACAUCGUCUGGUUUGCCAUCUUCUAUUGCAUCUUCAAGCACAAUGAACAGCAAAGGUCUGCAUAACAAAACUACCAAACCUGGGAUCGGUAAUGAUGGAUUGAUCUUGAAUGAUGCCUCUAUUGCCCCCCUUAGUGGUGGUGGAGCUGACUUUUAUGAUCCUGAUCAGCCCCUGUGGACUAAUGCUGGUCCAGGAGUGUCGCCAUCUCUGCUUGGAGUAAACCCAUCUAGGCUUGCUCCAACUGAUUCAGACCAAGAACACAACAGGAGUAAAUCGAUAGCUAUUGGACCUAAAAGUACAAGUUCAUCUCUACAGGGACGGAUAGGUUGGAAGAGUGGAUUAGAUAUGAGAGAGAGAAUUGAUUCUUCUUUGAACAAUAUUGAUGAACAAAACAAGCAAUUCCAGGUUGGUUUUCGUCAAAAACAAACAAUUGAUGCAUCUCUACGCCAGUCAUCUCAAAAGGCACUUUACACUCUGUGUGUUAAUGGGAUUCCGCAGAAGGAUAACAAAAGGGAAACACUUCUUUCACAUUUCCGAAAAUUUGGAGAUGUCGUACAUAUUCAUAUACCAAUGAAUGGUGAGCAAGCUUUCGUUCGAUUCUCUAAGAAAGAAGAGGCUGAGGCUGCUUUUAGGGCACCUGAUGCUGUAAUGGGUAACAGAUUUAUUAAGCUACAGUGGGCUAAGCGCGAUAACUUUAUUGCUGAUGGAAUUACAAAUUAUACACCAUCAGUACUUGCUCGUGGAUCCACGAAUAUUCCUGACCGAGAAAAGGAUAAUCUCCAACCGAUCAACCCUAAAGCAGCCAGUUCAGUUAAUGUGCCUCCAACGACUACCCCUACCAAGUUUGUUAAAAAUAAUGGUAUAAAAGGAACACCCCCUUCACAGAAGAAGACGGAGAGUUUAGAGAUUUUGAAGGAGGAAAUCCGUAAGAAACAUGAAUUACUUGAGCAAAAGCGGAAUGAGUUCAAGCUCCAGUUGGAUAAGAUGCAGAAACAGGGUCUCAAGGGUGAAGGACAAGCUUCAAAGAAACAGAAAGUUAUCUCAGUGGCCGAUGUUGCUAAAUCUGUGGCUUCUAAUACUGCUGAUCCUGGUACAGUUAAUGUUGCAGAAACUGAGACAUCUCUGGAUAAGAACAAAUCUUUAGAGAAUGGAGCAGAAAGUGCCAGACCAUCACCACCUUCAAGCUCAAAGCAGUCAAUUGGACCAUUAUAUCCUGCAGGAGCUCCUUCUCCUUCAAUUAAUAGAUUCAAGUUGGAUAAUCGUCCCACAGCCUUCAAAAUUGUUCCACCUCUCCCUACUGGGCUUGCAAAUGUUGCUGUCUUGACGGAACAUUUCUUGCCUUAUGGAGAAGUUAUCGGUGUAGAAAUUGAAGGUGGUGCAGAUAAUAAUUCUUCUUCGUUUGCACUUGUAUCUUUUGCGAACCGUCGUUCUGCUGAGACAGCAUUUUUGAAUGGUAAAUCCUGGCAAGGCAACAAUUUGGAAUUUGUAUGGGUAACAACAACAACAAAGGCAGCAGCCCAAUCAUCAUCAACAUCAUCGUCAUUGAGUGCCAAAGAAAACUCUCCUCAAGGAGAAGAAAAUAAAGUUGCAGCCGAAAAUGAUGAACCGACGACAGAAAUUGGAGAUGAAUAAGUUGUUGAUAGUUACUGUACACGAGACCAGGGACGUGGGAAGUGAAUAACCUUUAAUGGAGAUUUGAAAAGGUAAUAUUGUUAAAAUUUCUCAGAGGAUUUCUGUUUGUUUGUUUAUUUGUUUUUGUUAGGGUUCAUAUGACAGAAGAGGAACUUUUGUGAACUUCAAAACAAUUUGGUUUGGAUUGGUUGUAGUUUAUAGUCAGACUUUUUUCUUUUUCUAUUUUUAUAUUUGUAAGCAUCACUUAGACGGAAGGGCCAAAGUCAACCAAUUUCAUUUUACAAAUUGACCA